UCCCUGCAUUCAACGCGUAUCGCGUACCGCCUAUCGUCGUAUCGUCGUAUCGUAUCGUGUUUUAUUUUGCUCCUCAUGCCCCAGGCGAAGACGGAUGAAUAGCUUCAGCUGGCGGCUCUUUAUAUUUCGUGGUGUGUCAAAGAAACCAAAACAGUUAUCAGUUAUUCAGAGCGAAAUUAGAAAUUAGUUGAAACAAGUGCAAGCAACUCCCAUUUGGUGGGCAGGCUCCGUUCAACUGAUAAACAAUACUCCAUAAGACGUUCAAUAGUGAGACCCACCCGGCUCCGGAAUACACAAUAAUCAGCAGUGAAUACUGUGCUUUAGUGCGAAAUUGCCCGGGAUUGGAUCAGCCAAAAGGAUAACCAGACUAAGACCCCAGUGGCCAGACACAAACACGUAACUGCCACCAAGUCGAUCUGUGUCGAAAGCGGGAGAGAGCCAGCGAUAGUCGCGACGUAACCGUUACGCUUAGGUGCAAGCCCCGGUGCAGCAUUAGCUAAUUUGCCCCAUUUCGUGUCUGAGUAUCUGAGUGUCUGAGCGCGAGUGUGCGUUGCCUGUUGACUGUGACUGUGACUGUGAGAGUGAGUGCUUUUUGCAUCUUCGAUCUGCGAGUGCCACUGGAACCCCUCCGCCUCUGCGAUGCGGGCAAGCGACUUUGCUUGCGGCCGCCUGCUGGUGGCCCUGCUCUUGCACUGCCUAGUGGCUCUGCAGGUCUGCGGUAGGGCCGGUGCCUUCACCCUCCUCUCGCCCUUCAGCUACAGCUCGCUGAGCUUCAAGAACCUCCUCAACUCGGUGCUGCUCUCGAGCAACGCGAACCUGGCCGGCGGGGGCAGGAACCUCAAGUCCGACGUGCUCGAGGACGCAUCCCUCAUAACGCCCAAAUUAAUACGCAAAUAUGGCUAUCCAUCGGAGACACACACCGUGGUAACGAAGGACGGCUAUAUCCUGGAAAUGCACCGCAUCCCAAAGAAAGGCGCCCAGCCAGUGCUGCUGAUGCACGGCAUACUGGACACUUCGGCUACGUGGGUACUGAUGGGUCCCAAGUCGGGAUUGGGUUACAUGCUCUCCGACUUGGGCUACGACGUCUGGAUGGGCAACUCACGAGGCAACCGGUACUCGAAGAACCACACUAGCCUUAACAGCGACUACCAGGAGUUCUGGGACUUCACCUUCCACGAGAUGGGAAAGUACGAUCUGCCGGCGAACAUCGACUACAUCCUCAGCAAGACGGGCUACGAGCAGCUGCACUACGUCGGCCACUCCCAGGGCACGGCCAUCUUCUGGGUGCUCUGCUCGGAGCAGCCCUCGUACACGCAGAAAAUCACCUCGAUGCACGCCCUGGCCCCCAUCGCCUACAUCCACGACAUGAAGAGUCCCCUCUUCCGGACCCUGGUUCUGUUUCUGGACUUUCUAACAGCCGCCACACGAAUGCUGCGCAUCACGGAGUUCAUGCCCAACACAAAAUUCCUGGUGGACCACAGCCAGGUUGUUUGCCACGACAAUGCCAUGACGCAGGACGUCUGCUCCAAUAUCCUAUUUCUGGUGGCCGGCUACAACUCGGAGCAGCUGAACAAAACCAUGCUACCCGUGAUGCUGAGCCACACGCCCUCUGGCGCCUCCAUCAAGCAGCUGGAGCACUUUGGCCAGCUGAUGAAGUCCGGGCACUUCCGCAAGUUCGACCGGGGCUACCUGCGGAACCAGUUGGAGUACAACCGGAUCACGCCGCCGGACUACGACCUGUCGAGGGUGAAGGUUCCAGUGGCCCUGUACUACUCGGUGAACGACCUGCUGGUGUCCACCACAGGGGUGGACCGCCUGGCCAGGGAGCUGCCCAACGUGAUCGACAAGUACCUGGUGCCCAUGGAGCGCUUCAACCACCUGGACUUCUUGUGGGCCAUCGACGUGAAGCCCCUGGUCUACAAUCGGCUAGUGAGGAACAUCCGGCGGGUCGAGAACCACAAGGCAAAGCUGACGGCCAAUCUGGCCAGCUUCUUGGCCAUGCAGCUGCAGCGGCAGCAGCUGCAGAACCAAAUCCAAUUGCAGAUGUCGCAGCUUCCACCCAACGUCCACCUCCCCCACGGCCUCGGCAUGGAACUGAUCGCGAGCGUAGCGGCCACCGCACCGACGACAGCAGCCCCAGCCACAGCCACCACCACAACUGCUCUGGACACGACCACAUCCGUGGGGGACGAGCUGCAGGUCGGAUCUACCAGCACCACAUCGGAACUAUACGCGUGACUCUGACGGCCAGCAACGCUCUCACUCGCUCCAAUUUCAUAUGACUGUGAUGACAUUUUAACAAUUUACGCUGCAAUCAAUCGCACCUUCUCGGUCCCCGGCCGCAGGGACCCCGAUCCAUCCACUCAGGCACGCCCAGUCUAGGCGCUACUCCAUUCCACCCCACUCCAAUCAUCCAAUAAACGAAACCCGAAUCACUACACCCCUCCGCCAGGCACCGACUCGAAUGCUGAAAAUGUUUAUCCACAAUUUGCGGCCAGGUUCAUUUUCAUCGCAAUUGUGCGACCCAUUUUCUUUGCGACCCUUAAUUCUUUAAUUUAUGUGUACAAAUUUAUGAGUAAUC